AUGGAGACUGAGGAAGGUGUUAGGUUGAGGAAGCCAGCUCCUAUAAAAACGAAGAGAGCAAAGGAGGAGGAGGAGGGAAGAAGAGAUGGAGGAGAAGCUGGCGUGGACAUAAGGAACUGCAACAAGGAGAUGAUGAAUGUGGAAGAAGAGCCACUGAGCCCAGCUGCUCGUUUGUUCCAUGAACCAAACUUCAACCUGCAUAUUGUAGCAAUCAUGGGGGGCAAGACUAGGAUUUACCCUGAGGUUUUUAAGGCCAACUUGCCCCACACUUUGCUCAGGCACCCUCGCUUCUCUAGUUUACUGGUUGUGGAUGAGAAAAAUGGAGGAAAAAUGAAAUGGGUCAGAACAGAGGUGGAUCUAGACAAGCACAUAAUUAUUCCAGACCUGGAUCCAAACAUGGAGUCACCAGACCAAUUUGUUGAAGACUACAUCUACAACCUCAGCAAGACAACCAUUGACAAGUCAAAGCCACUGUGGGACCUACACCUCCUCAACCUCAAAACCUCCGAGGCAGAGGGCACUGGCAUUUUCAGAGUCCACCACUCUCUUGGCGAUGGCACGUCUCUCAUGUCUCUUCUGCUCGCUUGCACCCGCCAAAUCUCAAACCCUGAGGCUCUCCCAACCAUUCCAGUGAAGAAGAAGAAAGAUGAUGAUAAGAGGGUUUUUAACAGAGGAUUUUGGUGGUGCAUCUUUGGGGCUUGGUGGGUUUUGAAGUUGUUUUGGAAUACUUUUGUUGAUGUAUUCAUGUUUAUGUUGACUGCGUUGUGCUUGGAGGACACAAAGACGCCUCUUAAAGGUCCCCCAGGCAGUGAGUUCAACCCUCGACGAUUUGUUUAUCAGACUCUGAGUUUGGACGACAUGAAGCUGAUUAAGAAUGCAAUGAAUUUGACCAUAAAUGAUGUUGCUUUGGGUGUCACACAGGCUGGUGACGAUGAGAACAAGGACAGUGGAGCUGAGAAGAAAAACAAUCUUCCUGAGAACAUUCGCCUCAGAUCAACUUUGCUCAUUAAUAUUAGACCAGCUGCAGGAAUUCAGGCUUUGGCUGAUAUGAUGGAGAAGAACACAGAAGCAAAAUGGGGCAAUUGGAUUGGUUAUGUCCUCCUUCCUUUCACAAUUGCUUUAAGAGAUGACCCAUUAGACUAUAUUCGAGAAGCCAAGACCACAAUUGACAGAAAGAAACAUUCUCUUGAAGCCAUUUACACUUUCUCCAUUGCAGAACUAGUUCUCAAGCUUUUUGGCAUUAAGAGGGCGAGUGCUCUAUCCCAUAGAGUUAUUUCUCACACAACAAUGUGCUUCUCCAAUCUGGUUGGUCCACUUGAGGAAAUUGGUUUCUAUGGCCAUCCAAUGGCUUUCCUUGCUCCAAGUUCUUAUGGUCAACCACAUGCAUUGAUGAUUAACUUCCAAAGUUACAUAAACAAGAUGACUAUUGUUCUGUCAGUGGAUGAAGAGACAAUUCCUGAUCCCCACCUAUUGUGUGAUGAUAUUGUACAAUCUCUCAACCUUGUCAAGGAAGCUGUCGUGGCAAGAGGGCCUGUCAAGUAA